UAUUAAGCACGACAACACUCACACGAAAUACCGUAGAAAAUAGUAGUGAACACAUAGACACUUACAAAAGCACACAAAGUUAUUUUGUUUUUCUUUUGGUUAAACUUUACGAUCAUGACUUAUAUACCUAAGAAAAUGCAACAUUAUGCGCAUGCAGCCAUGAAUCUGAUCAAUAUGGACUCGGAGAAUCGGGUGGUUCUCAAUGUGGGCGGAAUACGACACGAGACAUAUAAGGCCACAUUGAAAAAGAUACCAGCAACGCGUUUAUCGCGUCUAACAGAAGCAUUGGCCAAUUAUGAUCCAAUAUUGAAUGAGUAUUUCUUUGAUCGGCAUCCGGGUGUAUUUGCACAGGUGCUCAACUAUUACAGAACUGGCAAACUGCACUAUCCCACAGAUGUUUGUGGUCCGCUGUUCGAAGAGGAAUUAGAAUUUUGGGGUCUAGACUCAAAUCAGGUGGAGCCCUGUUGUUGGAUGACCUACACACAGCAUCGCGAUACCCAGGAAACUUUAGCUGUAUUGGAUCGUUUAGAUCUCGAUACAGAAAAACCGUCCGAAGAGGAAUUGGCUAGAAAAUUUGGUUUCGAAGAAGACUACUACAAAGGCACUAUAUCCUGGUGGCAGGAAAUGAAGCCUCGCAUUUGGUCCCUAUUCGAUGAGCCAUAUAGUUCCAAUGCCGCCAAAACCAUAGGCGUUGUUUCGGUAUUCUUUAUAUGCAUUUCAAUUUUAUCAUUUUGCUUGAAAACCCAUCCCGAUAUGCGUGUACCGAUUGUCCAUAAUAUAACCGUUAAAACAGCCAAUGGUAGCUCGGCCUGGGUGUUGGAAAAAGUCGAAACAAAUGCACACAUUGCAUUCUUUUAUAUCGAAUGCGUGUGCAAUGCCUGGUUUACAUUUGAGAUAUUGGUUCGCUUUAUCUCAUCACCGAAUAAAUGUGAAUUCAUCAAGUCAUCUGUUAACAUCAUCGAUUAUAUAGCAACGCUUAGUUUUUAUAUCGAUCUAGUGCUUCAGCGAUUUGGUUCGCAUUUGGAGAACGCCGAUAUAUUGGAGUUCUUCUCGAUAAUACGUAUUAUGCGACUAUUCAAGUUAACUCGCCAUUCGUCCGGCCUAAAGAUAUUAAUCCAGACGUUCCGUGCAUCGGCCAAGGAAUUAACCCUAUUGGUAUUUUUCCUAGUUCUGGGCAUUGUGAUUUUUGCCAGCUUGGUAUACUAUGCGGAACGCAUACAACCGAAUCCACAUAACGAUUUCAAUAGCAUACCAUUGGGUCUGUGGUGGGCUCUGGUCACAAUGACCACUGUCGGCUACGGUGAUAUGGCGCCAAAAACCUAUAUUGGCAUGUUUGUCGGAGCAUUGUGCGCUCUAGCCGGUGUGCUAACCAUUGCACUGCCAGUACCCGUUAUUGUUAGUAAUUUUGCCAUGUAUUAUUCGCAUACGCAAGCUCGAGCGAAGCUGCCAAAGAAGCGGAGACGAGUGCUUCCCGUUGAACAGCCGCGACCGCCGCGUUUGCCAGGUGAGCGUGCUCCUGGUGGCGGUGUCAGUGGUUGUGGAACUCCUGGUUCUGGACCACAUUCCGGACCCAUGGGCUCCGGUGGUACUGGUGGGCCACGUCGCAUGAAUAACAAAACCAAGGAUCUGGUCAGUCCCAAAUCAGUUGCUCAACUUUUCACAGGUCCCUUGGGUGCCAGCAUUGUAGCCAUGAGUCCCAGGACAAUGUUAGAUCUAAAUCCAGCCCUGGCCAUGGGUAAGCCAACAUUUCAGCCCAGAUUUCCGACACACCUGGCUGCAACACCUCAGCCGCCAGCGACAAUGGGUGGAGGAACUGUGGCGGGUGCCGGAGCUGCAGCUGCUGCUGCUGCCGCUGCGGCUGCUGUGACCGCAGUGACCACAUCCGCUUCGGUUAUACCGCCACCAUGUCCCCCCGUUACAGUGCCGAGCAUAGCCGUCUCCACCACAGCCAGCUUGGGUAAGGAUAAUGGCAGUGCCACAACUAGCACCACACUGGAAUCCAGCAAAAAGGCUUUUCUUUAGAUCCGACCGACAUUCAACGACAUUAUUUGAGCCUGAAUCUCAACAUUAAGCAAUAUUUAAUCGAUAUCUAUUCAUAAACUUGACAUAUGUACGUAUUACAUACUAUAUGUAUAUCAAAUUGUUCAGUUAUUUAGAGAUGAUGAUGGCAGAGUAGAUGCUUUUUCUUCAUAUCAGAUUCAGUUUAACUUGAAAACAGGAAAAAGAAUAAACCAAAUUGCAAAAGUAACCAUGGAUGAUGCUAACAAAUCAACUGUCUGUAGAUUUUGCCCAAGAAUGAGUUGUCUGCAAAAUAGUUAACAUGAAUAGGUUAAGAAUAAAGUGAAUAUAACAAACAGGGACCACGAAGAACAUAAAUAGUUGGACACUAAUGAAAAGAGACUAGAAGGUAAAUGACUUGACUAGAUAACCAAACAGGAAAAGUUCACAAAAAAGUAACUUGGGAUGAAAUUAUAUCAGCAAAGACAGACAGCAAAUUGUUUAGUUAACUAACCGAAACAAGGACUAUCAAGCUACCAAUGUUACCUUAUCGAUAAGGGUCAUAUUGGUUAUUCAAGCUGAGUAAAUUAUUAAACGUAUUAAGUCAUACACUAAUACUUACCAAAAAAAGGGUAAUUUCGGUUUCCUAAAUAUAUGCCGAAAAGCCGUUUAGGCAAAAAAUCGGUUAUUCACACUGUAGAUCAUAAAAAUUUCAAAUGUCAAAAAACGUUAAGUAAAUUCGGCCAACAAUCUUUAAAACACAGAAAAUGGUAUCGGUUAUUUGAUUCCUUUUUAAUUUUACUCCUUUAAUUUGUUCCGGUUGUUCAAGAUGUCGAUAAAACCAACGAAGAUUUAUUAUAUCAAUCAAUAAAAGAAAACAUUAUUAUAUCGGUUAUAAAGGAAUUCCAGUGAGCUGUGUGCGAUGUAAAUCGUCAUAGGUUUCGGUACUUAUAAGCAUAUUUGAAGUCUUUUGCGUUUGGCUUAAUAUCAAAUAAAGCUUUGGCUUUCGUUACACAAAUAAUUGUAAGACGUUUCGGUUAUUCUUCUUAUACAAAAUAUUUCAAAUUUCGGUAAGAUGAUAAGUCAAAGGUCAAUCCAUUCUUGGUUACAUUUCGAAAUAAAAUUUAAAAUGGUUUUAAACAAAGAAAAGUCUUUGCCAUCAUCUCUCAAAAUCCAAUUGACAAUUUUCCGACUCUCUCAUAUGAUUUAUCCAUAUCAUGAACAUAUAUAUCAAAUAUCAAUCAACAUAUUUCUCUAGCUAACUAAGUACUACAUUACCAAAAACAAAACAAAACAACUG